ACACACACGCACACAUUGCGCAGAGCGGUGCCACAGAGGAAACAACCGUGGCAGAAAGAGCAGAGAUGUAGCGUAGCUUGCUGGGACUUCCUGGCCAGCCGUCUGUCACUUUUACAGUGGAGCGUUUGUCUAAUAUUUAUAUAAAAUGGGAAAAGUCGGCUGCCAUUUCUCGUACAAUUACGCUGUAUAAACGUGUCGCGUAAUGCGACGAAGAAGAGUUGCCUUUGGGAGGGAUACAUUUAUGUUUUGGGACGGUUUUACGGGACUAGCUAGUUGCUAGUGGUGGCUAGCGACUGUUCUGGCUCCUUCGAACGUAUUUUUGCAAGGAUGCUACGAUGGAUACGACAGCAGCUGGGCUUUGACCCUCCCCAUCAAAGUGACACCAGGACAGUUUAUGUAGCAAACCGCUUCCCCCAGCAUGGUCACUACGUACCUCAACGUUUUGCUGAUAACAGAAUAAUCUCAUCCAAGUAUACUAUUUGGAAUUUUGUCCCCAAGAAUUUGUUCGAACAGUUCAGAAGGAUAGCCAACUUUUACUUUCUGAUCAUCUUCCUUGUACAGUUGAUGAUAGAUACCCCGACUUCCCCAGUCACCAGCGGUCUGCCUCUUUUCUUUGUGAUCACAGUAACUGCCAUAAAACAGGGCUAUGAGGACUGGCUGAGGCACAAGGCCGACAAUGAGGUGAACGGGGCUCCUGUGUUUGUCGUUCGAAGUGGAAGCCUGGUCCAGACGAGAUCCAAAAACAUCAGAGUGGGGGAUAUUGUCCGCGUCGCUAAAGAUGAAACAUUUCCAGCUGAUCUGGUGUUGCUAUCAUCAGACCGUUCAGAUGGUACCUGUCACAUUACCACUGCCAGCCUUGAUGGGGAAACUAAUCUCAAGACUCACUAUUCUGUGGCAGAGACAGCUAUAUGCCAGUCCGUGUCCCAACUGGAGGCCUUGCAGGCUGUAGUUGAGUGUCAGCAACCAGAAGCUGACCUCUACAGGUUCGUUGGUCGAAUAACAGUGACUCAUUAUGGGGAGGAGAUAGUGAGACCACUAGGUCCAGAAAACCUGUUGCUGCGAGGGGCUAGGUUGAAAAAUACCAAAGAGAUAUUUGGUGUUGCAGUUUAUACAGGAAUGGAGUCCAAAAUGGCCCUCAACUAUAAAUGCAAGUCUCAGAAACGCUCUGCAGUAGAGAAGUCUAUGAAUACUUUCCUUAUCAUUUACCUGGGCAUCCUGCUGUUUGAGGCCAUCCUCAGUACCAUUCUGAAGUAUGCCUGGCAGGCUGAGGAUAAAUGGGAUGAGCCUUUCUACAACCAAAAGACAGAACAAGAGAAAAACAGCAGCCCGAUCUUGAAAUUCAUCUCUGACUUUUUGGCAUUCCUUGUCCUGUACAAUUUCAUCAUUCCCAUCUCACUCUAUGUUACUGUGGAGAUGCAGAAGUUCCUUGGCUCCUUUUUUAUAGGCUGGGAUUUGGAUCUUUACCAUGAAGAGAGUGACCAGAAAGCUCAAGUCAACACCUCAGACCUCAAUGAGGAACUGGGGCAGGUUGAGUAUGUGUUUACCGAUAAGACGGGUACACUAACAGAAAAUGAAAUGCAAUUCCGGGAGUGUUCGAUCAAUGGAAACAAGUAUCGAGAAGUUAAUGGCAAACUGGUGCCUGAGGGACUGACUGAAGAUUCACCAGAUGGCUCUACACCUAACUUGGUUGGUGAAGAAUUGUUAUUUCUCAAAGCAGUUUCACUGUGUCACACAGUUCAGAUCAGCUACGACCAACCCGACUGCCUGUCUGGGGCAGGAGACCCAUUUUCCCAUGUUAAUGGGUUUUCGUCUAAUGAAAUGGAAUAUUAUGCUUCCUCACCCGAUGAAAAAGCUUUGGUUGAGGCAACAAAGAGAAUUGGGGUGGCCUUUACUGGUAUCAGUGGUGACACAAUGGAAAUCAAAUCAUUUGGCAAACCAGAGAAGUAUAAACUACUCCAUGUAUUGGAGUUUGAUGCAAAUCGCAGGCGAAUGAGUGUCAUACUGCAGACCCCUUCAGGUGGCAAAGUGCUGUUUACUAAGGGAGCAGAGUCAUCUAUUCUUCCUUUCACCACCAGUGGUGAGAUAGAAAAGACAAGAGUUCAUGUUGACGAGUUUGCCUUGAGAGGGUUGCGGACCCUAGUGGUAGCAUGUCGCCACUUCAGCCCAGAAGAGUAUAUUGAAGUGGACAGGCAUUUGAACAGUGCUCGCACUGCACUGCAGCAGAGGGAAGAGCGACUGCAAGAGGCCUUCAGCUACAUUGAAAGAGACCUGCAUCUCCUGGGAGCAACAGGGGUGGAAGACAAGCUCCAAGACAAAGUUCAGGAGACCAUAGAGGCUCUGCGUCUGGCAGGAAUCAAAGUUUGGGUGCUGACAGGCGAUAAACAUGAGACUGCAGUCAGCGUCAGCCUGUCUUGUGGUCACUUCCACAGAACCAUGAACAUCCUGGAGCUCCUUCAGCAGCGCUCUGACAAUGAGUGUGCUGAGCAACUCCGUAGGCUGGCGAGAAGGAUAAAAGAGGACCAUGUCAUACAGCACGGAUUGGUUGUGGAUGGGGCCAGUUUAUCCUUAGCACUGAGGGAACAUGAGAAACUUUUUAUGGAAGUUUGUAAAAACUGUUCUGCUGUGCUUUGCUGCCGCAUGGCCCCACUCCAGAAGGCAAAGGUGGUGCGUCUUUUAAAAAGCUCUCCAGAGAAACCAAUCACCUUAGCUGUUGGGGAUGGAGCCAAUGAUGUCAGUAUGAUUCAGGAAGCCCAUGUUGGCAUAGGAAUUAUGGGAAAGGAAGGUCGCCAGGCCGUGAGAAACAGUGACUAUGCAAUUGCCAGAUUUAGGUUUCUGGCUAAACUACUGUUGGUCCACGGUCACUUCUACUACAUUCGAAUAGCCACGCUUGUACAAUACUUUUUCUACAAAAAUGUGUGUUUUAUCACACCCCAGUUUUUAUACCAGUUCUUCUGUCUGUUUUCACAACAAACUCUGUAUGACAGUGUUUAUCUGACACUGUACAACAUCUGCUUUACCUCACUGCCCAUCCUGGUGUACAGUCUGUUUGAACAGCUAGUUCAUCCACAUGUCCUGCAGAGUAAACCAGGCCUGUACAGAGACAUCAGCAGGAACUCUCUGUUAUCUUUCCGGACGUUCCUCUAUUGGACUCUCUUGGGCUUCUGCCAUGCUUUUGUCUUCUUUUUUGGAUCCUACAUACUGAUGGGAGAAGACACCACACUUAUGGGCAAUGGACAGAUCUUGCGAGCUAACAGGCAGCUGAUGUUUGGAAACUGGACAUUUGGAACACUGGUCUUUACAGUUAUGGUUAUAACUGUCACUUUAAAGCUUGCAUUAGAGACUCAUUUCUGGACAUGGAUGAACCAUUUUGUGACAUGGGGGUCAAUAGCCUUCUAUUUCAUCUUCUCUCUCUUCUAUGGCGGCAUUAUCUGGCCAUUCCUCCACACCCAGGAUAUGUAUUUUGUUUUUGUUCAAUUGCUGUCCAGUGGCUCUGCCUGGUUUGCCAUCAUCAUCAUCGUCAUAACUUGCCUCUUUCCUGAUGUGGUGAAGAAGGUUUUCUACCGACAUCUGCAACCUACCAGCACACAGAAGAGUCAGUCUCUAUCAGCCUCCCAGGCCCAGGCCCUCAGCUGUGUGGAGUCCUUGUGCUGCUACCAACAUGGGCAGAGCGGCUGUUCCCGCCUGGCCCACCUCCUGGAGCAAAUGACCGGGUCGUGCCCUACCACUGGCAACCAUUGUCACACAUCCAGCCGCAACAACAGGUGGGGAGGACGACGACAGCAGGAAAUGAUUUUGAAUCCGGAUGAAAGUCCACCGCCACAUGGUUUCAAAUAUUCAGUCUGCAGGCCUGAAUGUUUCAGUUCAUAAUGUGGCUACAGUUCUAAUGUAAGUUUUUGUGUAGAUCACUGGUAGAUCCAGUAUAAGAUGAUGGGUUAUGGGCUUUUCGGUGUUCUUGGUGGCUGCUUAUGGCGUGUGGUGAACCUUUUUGAGGAAGCACUAAUCAUGAUGGACAUCACUAUUGUACUUCCAUAGAUCUAUCAACUGUAUUGAUGGGACCAAACCGAAAGCUUCCACGUAUAUCCACACUUAUGUAUCACCCACAAUAUAAUAACUACACCCUAUACCCAAAAUGAUACUCAAGUGGGUCAUGAUGGUGACACCGAGCAUGUUGUGAAUAUCUGGCAGCCAGUCCACUUGUAGUAUAGAGGCCUGUCAUGAUAUACAGGCAUGCAGCAGGCAUCAGUAUUACAAAAUGUAACCUGUUUUCUGUGUUGGCCAUUCAUUAGUGUCGGUAUAUCUUAAUACCCCCUGUAUCUUUGUCUUUGCUAUGUAUGCUACGGUCUCCGUCAAGUUUGCCCCCCAUUGUUUCUGUCUAAUAGGAUGUUAAAUUGAGACAUUACUGUUCAAAUAUCAGUUGGUCUGUUAAGCCACAUUUCAGGGACACUUAUUAUGCACUUUAACAGAUGACUCCCUAAUAUAUGUAACAUUACGCUGACUACCUUUUUAGAUUAUGUCAUACCUCGUCACAAGAGCACUUCUCUACUGGAAAAGAGGCUAAAAUAGGGUCAACUGGUGACUGAAAUUCAGGACUUCAGUGGCCAGAUUAAUGAAGACACGAUUGCAUUAUUUUAUAGUGUUGCUAUACAGGUGGCCCUCGGUUGACGGCGUUCUACGGUUACAUACGGCUCCCAUAAAUUACAGACUUAAUUUUGUCCAUACACACGAGACUCGCUUGAGAACUAGAUUCAGCAUGGUGCGCCGCCGCAGAAUUCACUAUGUGCUUAUUAUACUGACCAUACUUGUUUCAGUCGCUUAACUGGCCGGGGGGCAUCAUUAAGGAUAAAGAUCAUAUUGUAACAUCUAUGCGUUGCAAGGAUAACGAAGAGGUGGUCGAUCAACAAUCUCUUUAUUGCAAAAGCUAAACAGACUACUAUUAGCCUAUUACCACUCUAAAACAUCAUCAGAAAACUCAAGUGUUCUCUCUGCACCCGGAAAUGACAAAACUCUUGAACAAUACACACAGCUGCUUUCUGAAAGCAUCAGUAUUAAUUAAGCAGUGCAGUGGUUUUAUAAUUCACAUGGAAAGGUUGCUGAUGAGUUGGCUAUUAUUAUUUUAGUACCGUUUCAUUUAAAUCUUGUAUUUACAGUAUUUUACUGUGUUUGGUGUUAAUUCAGGUGUAAGGUCCGACUUACACCAAAACUCGACUUAACAUCACAGUCCAGGAACAGAACGUAACCAGAGGACCACCUGUACACAUUGGCAUUCUUGCCACCUGUUUUGUGUGUGAGAUUUGUUGACUCAGUAAUGCCAUUUAUUGAUUUGAUUUGAUUUGUCAUGUGAACACACAGUUCAUUUAUUAGAGUGGUUCUCAAUUAUUUUCUGUCAUGCCCCCAAUUGGGGAAAGAAGUGUUUUUGCGCCCCCUUAUUUGAAAUAAUUUGAAAUUUAUCUGUACUGUACAGACUGAACUCAAACCAAACCAGUGAAAUGCACCAAAAUAGAGAGCAGUGAAGCAUACAAGUGUAUUCAAGAGUCAAAUUUUAUGCUGUGUGACAAAUUCAUACAUGUUGGCAGUUCUGCACCAAUAUUGGAAGUCCUCCCUGCAGCUUAUGCCCCCAAAAUCCCCGAAAGUUCACCGCACCAAUGGAAUCUAAACAUACCACGCCAUGGAGAAUGCAAACCAAGGCAGGAUUUCAGCCCAAACUUUUUAUGUUAACCAAAAAAACAACCCGAGCUCCUAAAAGGAUCAGCAUAAUACAUACAAAAUGCUGUGUUUUAGUGCGUUAUACACAGUAAACACACAAACACAGUGAAUAUUGAAUAAGGUUUGUUUGUGUCUGUCAUUGUUCCCUCAGCCCUUUACAGCCUACGUCACACCCUCCUGUCCCUCUUUACCAUCUCAGUAGGAAAAUGUAGUUACUGCCGCACAGGAUGCUGGCCACAACCGAGUUGACUGCAGGCGACAACGCAGGUGUCAAAGAGGGUUUCCAUGAUGAACAAACACGACAUGCCCCGGUGUGUUUUGUCACUCCUCUUGGCCCAGUCCAAAUGUCACGUCACUUUGACACACACCUUUUGAAUCGGUAUCUCCCCAUCAACAGCUUUGUGUCAUAAGCUUUAUGUCAUAAACACAACUAUUUUUGGAAGCAUGUUAGUGGGUACUACUCUUUAUUGAGUUGAACAAGGUAUUGGGAGCUACAAUAGUUUGAUGAGAAAUGACCACAGGGUCAGAGCCUUAAUCUUCAUUCUACAUGUGUCAGAGACAACUUUUGAGGGCAUGUUUAUUUUGUACAUGUUUGGUGGGCCAGGCCAUGUGGAGUUUAGAGUCUGUUUAUGGUUUACAGAUUCCAAACUUCCUGAAACUGAACAUGAAUGUCCAGAGUGUGUCAUUGCAUGGGGGCUAUUGCUGCAUCGGUGUUGUGUAUACUCUGUGAACGUGUGUGUUUGUGCUCACUGUCCUUGUUGUUUGAAAUCUCCAUGAUGUUUUCUGACCACUCCCAUGAAUUAUUCAUGGACUUCAUGUCCCCCUCUAGCCGUAGCCUUGUCUUGUCACAAAUCUGCCUGUCCUAGUUUCCUCUUUUUUAGGGUUUGUGUCCGCACAGUGUGUCCUUUAAGUCCUUUGUUGCUGCUAUUGUCUUUAUUCUGUCCUGUGGAUCAGUGCUGUUAAUGGUUCGGAGAGGUUUCUGUUGAGCCUGGUUGUGGUGGACAGCCACACAAGUGCAUUUGCCUCCAGUCAAACCGUUAUUUGAGUCACCAGCCUAUUUAAAGCCACUGGGUUGGCCUGUUUUCGGAUUCAGCAGGUCUUAAAACGGUUGUCUUCAUCCUAGCAAACAGACUAAACUGAAGAGUGAUUGAAAAGGGCUCAGUAGUUGGCCAUAAAGCUGAUACUUGUAUGGUGCUGAUUGCAAGAAUGUUUUUGAUGCCUUUUAAUCAUCAUUUUUUGUUUUUAUCAUGGCUGCUUUGAUUUGGGUUGAGUAGUUUAAGUCUCCUCUCUCCAAGAAAAAGAGAUCUUGAGUUUAGACUUGUAUAGUUAGGUCCAGAAAUAUUUCGACAGUGUCAGGAUUUUUGUGAUUUUGUGACAUUGCUACAAUUUCAAAACUAUUUCAAAAUGCCAACAUUGUAACCUAUCCUCUCUUUGGUUAGGUGUUAAGUAACUGCAAAUGAUCUUCACACAAGUAUUUAAAAAAAAAAAAGUUGUUUACAAAUGGGCACUUUUUCAACAGGAAUAUUUGGUUUUCCAAUGAAAUUCUAGCAAGAACCGAAAACGCAUUAUACCCAAAUAACAGGUCGACUUCAUUUUCUUCCUUCCUUCUCUAAACUUUUCAGUGCACAUGUCCAACUGUUCAUUGUCGGGGUGUCCCAUUCCGCUAUUGAUGUUGAAUAUGGGUUGGAUAUUAGCGAAAAUACGAGUACCAGGUUAUGUUGGCCUACAUCUAAAAUCUCUUAAGUACACCAGUUAGAGCCGAGUGAAUAUUUUGCAAUUAAGUUUUUUUUAUUAUUAUUUUAUUGGAUUUGUUAAGGUUAUUUUUCAGUCUUACUUUAUUCAAGUGUAGUGUAGAAUGUUACGUUUAAGGUUCAAAUGUAUGUAGCCCAUUGGUUUGUCAUGACUGCUGUUGCUGACUAUUAUUGGAGUCAUAUCACCUGAUCAAAACUUUUCUAGCGUUCCACACCGCUAAAGAAGCCAUACAAGUAUGUAUAUGUGCUGAAAUUGUAUCGGAUCAAAAUCAGUAUUGGCCAAUAUUCAAGGCUUCGCUAUCGUAUAGUAGUGUAGUAUUGGAUCUGAACACUUUGUAUGGGGACACCCCUAGUUCAAGGCGCUUACGUUGUUUUCAGGUUGCAAGACAAACUUACACACUGUCUCCAUGUCAACGUGUGUGUUUCGUACGUUUUGCUGGUCUCGGGUUUGGGCAAAAUGGUUCAGUUCUCAUCACAAGACCAAGACCACACACAACGAUUGAUAACAGUACCUCGCCAUUGCUUCGUAGAGAAUGCUCUCGGUGAAGUGGCCGCUGAGAUUAGAGCGUCAUCGUCAGUGGUUUGGCAGAGAAAUCCAGAAAGUUUUUCACAGGAAAAAAAAACAGCUGUUGUGAAUUUUGCUGUUCAGUUCUUUGUUAGAGAACUACAGCAAGUUGUUUGAAAAGUACCGGAACAUUGAACAGUUGGACAUUCAAAAGUUUAGAGACGGUCCAAUGAAGGUGACCUGUAAAGGUUACAGUUUUACGUUCAUCCUGAAAUUUCACCCGAUAUUGUUGUCCCCUGAACGGUACUGCAUGAAAGAGCUGUCCUUCCUAAAUGGUAAAUACCACAUCCGGUGUGGCCAAAUCAUGAAAACAUUGUCUAAAACCACAGGUGUCAAACCCAAGGCCAUGGGGGUCGGGUUUAAUUUGCAUUGUUUAAUUUGGCUGGAAAUGAUGCACACCAAAAAGACCCUUGAUCUUUCUCUAUGUAUUCGCAGAAAAUGUGCACUGCAUGCAGUUGGAGUUGUUUACUUUUUGUGUUGUGAAACCCCCUUGAAAGAGAGUUAUCCACGGUACCUCUGUUAUU